GCUCCCACUGCUUCCUUGCAGCUCGAGUUCAUCUAUGGAUGCAACCAGGCGAAACAGCAAGGGAACCUGAACAUCAACGUUGUUGGGGAACUGAUCUAUGCCAUUUCGUCGGUUGUAGUUGUCCUCAACAAGGAGACACGCACACAGAGGUUCUUUCGGAAACAUUCGAAGAAAAUAACUUGCUUCAAUAUUGACCACCAAUUGGUCAGAGUUGUUUCAUGCAGCGUCGGACAGAAAAAUCAGAUCUUUGUAUGGGACUCUCAGAACAUGAUGCAACUCGGAUCGCUAGAAGUGACUGGAGAAAAGGUUUCAUCCGUCGAGAAGUAUUACUUUGUUUCUACGCAGUUUUCUCCUCGCGACGACAUGGUCGUUGCCAUUGAUUGCAGCUGGGACAUCUUCGUGUGGAAGUGGGAGGAAGGAGCUCUGGUUGCCAAAGCAAGCAGCGGGAAAAGUGUGAUCUUUGAGCUGAAGUUCAACCCCUUCAUCAGCAAGAAUGAUCCUCCCAUGUUUGCGACAGUCGGUGGCUCUUGUGUGAGGUUCUGGACGGUUGCAGAAAAGGAGUUGACCAGCAGGUAUGGAGUUGUCGGAGAUGUUGGGACCCUCCAGACGGCAUGCAGCGUCGCGUUCUUGGAUCGGGCUCAUGCGGUCAGCGGCAUGCAAGAUGGAAGCAUCUACCUGUGGAAAACUUCAGCUGUUAUUCACAACUUGACGGGAGCACACUCAAAGCCAAUCAUGCAGUUGGUAUGCCGAGAGGAUUUGAUUUACAGUGGCAGUAGAGAUGGAAAGCCUUCUAAUGUGGACCAGCCUUUGUAUUUCCCUUGCCUUACUUGCAUGCUGAAACAUGCGAAUCCUUCUGAUGGAAAACAACCUCUCGGUCGGCUAACAUGCAACUUGCAGGUCAGCUUGCACAAAGGAGGGUCGGUGAUGGCGGACUGUGAAUGCGUCAUCUCCGCACAUGUUAACACGCCUAUUGCCGUCUGUAUCCAUCCUUCAAGACCAAUAUUCGCAACAAGUGGAUCAGAUGGGACUUUGAGGUUGUGGGACCUCGAGACCAAGAGGAUCAUCAAUCGACAUGUCGUGUGCAGGAUUGGUGGUGCCCCAGCUGACAUUCAGCAUACUGCUAGCUGUCUUGACAUCUCCCCUGGUGAAAAUGAACAUCUCUGUGCAGGCCUAACCAAUGGAAUUCUCAAGAUCUUUGGGUUUUCAGCUUCCGGUCUACAAGAGCUUUUUACUUUGAGAGAGCUCGGAUCGUCUGACGUACGAGUUGUAAAAUACAGCAGUGAUGGCUUGAAAUUGGCAGUUGCGAACAGCGAGAAUCUGAUUGAAAUAUACUCUAAGCAAGAUUUUUCAAAUUACGUCUUCAGCACAAGAAAGCAGUUGGUUGUCUCGGGGCAUGUAACGAACAUUGAUUGGAGCAGAUGUUCGAGCUUUCUUCAGAUUUCUACUUCCAAUUUCGAACUGGUUUUCCUUGAAGUUGAUCAAUGUAAAGUCGUUGGAAGCAAGACUUCUGUCAGAAAUUCUGACUGGGAUACACAGCAUUGCCCGAUAGGCUGGCCCAUGGUAGGAUUGUACUCCAGAGAGAUUCAAGACCACCACAUCACAUCUGUUGACAGAAGCUUCGAUGAUCUAAUUCUUGCUGGUUGCAACACGAAUAAGAUCAUCAUGUCAUCUUAUCCC